CUUGAGUUUUGCACUUGUACGGAUCCAGUUUGAAUGGAGGGUAUUCAUCACAGUCCUCUCAACUUGUGCUCUGUAGAUGAUGGACAGGCUUUGGGAAAUCAGAAGCUGAAGGAACUCACUAGUUUGGACCUGCGCCACAUAACCGAGUUGAAUAAUGAAACCGUAAUGGAAGUGGUCAAGAGGUGCAGAAACUUAAGCUCUCUGAAUCUUUGUCUGAACUGGAGCAUUAAUGACAGCGAAGCCAAUGGAACGGGAAGUCAUAUGAAAUGUUAAACUGGCUGCUGAGUCGCUAUUCCCUUUUUUACACUAUCCUCCCCAAAAUCAAG